UGAGGCGAACACUAGAGCCGGGCACCAAAGCCCGGAAGUCUGGCAAAGAAGUUAAGAGGAGAGAAGUGGAAGACAUCACUUGGGAGCAGUUCUAAGACUUGGAAGGGAGACCUCAGGACUCUUCCCCUUAUCCUGUUGUGUCCAGGGGAGAAAUCCUGAACCAUGACUCAGCAGCCACUUCGAGGGGUCACCAGCCUGCGUUUCAACCAAGACCAAAGCUGCUUUUGCUGUGCCAUGGAGACAGGCGUGCGCAUCUACAAUUUGGAGCCACUGAUGGAGAUGGGGCGUCUGGACUACAGGCAGGUGGGCAGCAUGGGCCUGGUAGAGAUGCUGCACCGCUCCAACCUGCUGGCCUUGGUGGGCUGUGGUAGCCAUUCCAAGUUCUCCGAGAUGUCAGUGCUGAUCUGGGACGAUGCCCGGGAAGGCAAGGACUCCAAAGACAAGCUGGUGCUGGAAUUCACCUUCGCCACCCCGGUGCUGGCUGUGCGCGUGCGCCAUGACAAGAUCGUGAUCGCGCUGAGGAACCGCAUCUACGUGUACUCCUUCCCCGACAGCCCCCGAAAGCUGUUUGAGUUUGACACUCGGGACAACCCCAAGGGGCUCUGUGAUCUCUGUCCCAGCCGGGAGAAGCAACUGCUUGUGUUUCCAGGACGCAAGUGUGGAAGCCUGCAACUUGUGGACCUGGCGAGCGCCAAGCCUGGCACCUCGUCUGCCCCGUUCACUAUCAGUGCCCAUCAGAGUGACGUGGCCUGUGUGUCCCUGAACCGGCCCGGCACCGUGGUGGCCUCAGCUUCCCAGAAGGGAACCCUCAUUCGCCUUUUUGACACCCAGUCCAAGGAGAAACUAGUAGAGCUGCGCCGAGGUGCUGACCCUGCCACUGUAUACUGCAUUAACUUCAGCCAUGACUCCUGCUUCCUUUGCGCUUCCAGUGAUAAGGGCACUGUGCAUAUCUUCGCUCUCAAGGAUACCCGUCUCAACCGCCGCUCUGCGCUGGCUAGCUUGGGCAAGGUGGGGCCUAUGAUUGGGCAGUACGUGGCCUCUCAGUGGAGCCUGGCGAGAUUCCAUUUGCCUGCUGAGUCAGCUUGCAUCUGCGCCUUCGCCUGCAAUACUGCCAAGAACGUCAACUCCGUUAUUGCCAUCUGCGUAGAUGGAACCUUCCACAAAUAUGUCUUCACUCCCGAUGGAAACUGCAAGCGAGAGGCUUUCGAAGUGUACCUUGACAUGUGUGAGGAAGACGACUUUUAAGGACCCUGGGGGCUGUGCUAGGAACCUGCAGUAACAAAUUGCGGAGUUGAGCCUUGGAUGUGGGGAAGUGCUGAGAGCCACCAGCCAGCGAGCACGAAAGAGGCUUGUGUCUCUUUCCACUCAGCAAAGCUGUGUCUAAGCCAACAGCUCACUUCACAUUUUGAUGACUGCAGGGAGGUAGCAGAUCCCUGGGGCCCCUAUCCGGGUGAAGAUGCCCACGGGU